UCUAUAAAAUCUCCACCGUCCAAAUUUCCACUGAAAUUCCUUCCCCUCCCGUUCCUCCCCUCUCCACCUCCCGAAAACCAAUCCCUGCAAUGGCGGCCCUCCUCCCCUCUCCGGCGGCCCUCCGCCCCGCUGCCCCUUCCUCCGCCAUCUCCUCCGCCGCCCCCGUCUCGGCCUCCCUGCGCCGACUCCCCUUCCACCCCCGUCCUCGCCCUCUCAAGCUCUCCUUCCCCCGCUCCUUCCCCUCCCUCCGCCACCCCCGCCGCGGCGCCUCUGGCGCCACCAUGGUCGAUACCGCCGCCUCCAGCUACGCCUCUGCGCUCGCCGACGUCGCCCAAUCCAAUGGUACCCUCGAGGCCACCAUCGCCGACGUCGAGAAGGUCGACGGCAUCUUCUCCGACCCCGCCGUCCAGUCCUUCUUCGCCAACCCCACGAUCUCGCUGGAGAAGAAGAACGAGGUGGUUCAAGAGAUUGCCUCCUCCUCCGAGCUCCAGAACCAUACCGCCAACUUCCUUAACAUCCUCGUCGACAUGAAGCGGAUCGACAUCAUCAAAGAUAUCGUCAAGGAGUUCGAGGCGUGCUACAAUCGGAUCACUGGCACGGAGGUGGCGGUGGUGUCGUCGGUGGUGCAGCUUGAGUCCCAGGACCUCGCCCAGAUCGCCCAGGCGGUGCAAAGGCUCACAGGGGCCAAGAAUGUGAGGAUUAAGACUGUCAUUGAUCCUUCUCUCGUCGCCGGAUUCACUAUCCGCUACGGGUCCUCAGGGUCGAAGCUUAUUGAUAUGAGCGUCAAGAAACAGCUCGACGAGAUUGCGGCGCAGCUCGACUUCUCCGUUAGCCUCGCCUGAUUCUGAGUUUAAAUUCAAGCCCUCAGACUGGUGGACUACUUUUUUCACAAAUUGCAGUUGUGUCCGAUUUUCUUAAUUUCCCACCACAUUCACCAAUUGUUAUACUAACAGAAUAUGUUAUCAAAAGGGGUGCAUACUGAAGUCAAAUUAUUGUGUUAUACAAGUCAGUAUUUGGGAAUGCAGGUCUGAAAUAAGUUGCUGGGAUGAGAAACGUUUCUUAUGUGGAACCAAAUUGCAAUUUAGAGGAGGCCAAGUGAGCCGAUAAGUUAAAUUUACCCAUCAGUUGUGUAAUAUUGAAGGUAUUAUGAAUAUAUGCAGUAUUUAUAGGAUGCC